CUUCUGUUACGACUUACGCACAUGCAAUCUUAUAUUGAACCAUUCAUCGUACUAAGCCUUUAACAUACAGUUAAUACCUAUACAACGUCAUAACAAUAUCCGAUGUUAUCGGUUAUGUAUGCACUAUACAGGAUUUUAUACUUCCUAUAACUAGAUAAACUGUGCAAAUACUUGAUACUAGGAAUCAGACCAAUCUUGAAAUAGCUUGUAAAUUCUAGACAAUAAUAUGACAGUACGAUUGUUGUAUUCUGUAAGGACAUAUCUAAACUAUCUGAAAUAAAUAUUUUUAACAAAAAACUGCUCUACAAGGUAUCCAACUCGAAUUCGGUGGUGAGAGGAAUAUGGAAAUACCACACAUUUGUGCAGAUAUCAAAGUAAAAUUCAGAUAGAAGCACGGCACAGUAAUCCCACAAUAAACAUACGAUGAUAAAAAGUGUUAAUAAUUGAACAGCACACAAUAUUUUUACGACAUUUGUAGAGAUUCUCGCGGCAUUAAGCGUUCCGCGGUAUCUCCCGUCCUCGGCGCUGUACUAAACAGUGGAGAAAGUACACGGCGCGCCCGGCGAGGGAGCCAUCCCGACGGUAGCCGGUACGUCAGUCGGCGCGGGACGCGAUGAUAAUACAAUUAUAUACACGUAAUGUGUAGUCGGUCUGAACCCGCAGCCGGGCACAGUCGUCAAUCAGACAUGCGUGGAAGUACCGCGGGGCUCGGCGCCACGCUGCCCGGCGGGUCGCGGGCGCACUCGGCGCUGCUCGAGUUCGCCGACGUGGUGUUCGCGAGCGUGGUGGUCGCGCCCGCCGUCGUCACCUACUGGAAGUCGACGUGGUCGCUGCUGGACCUGUACGUGCUCACGUCGGACCCCGUGCUCAGCGCCGCCGCGUGCGCCGCCUUCGGCCUGUGCUGUGAUCUGAUAUUUUGCGUGUUCCAAGCGCAGCUGACGGCCCGGCUGACGCCCGAGCGCAGCCGGCUGACGUACUACGCGGCGUCGCGGGCGUGCACGUACGUGGCGGGCGUCGCGUGCGUCGGCGCGUGGCGCGGCGUGUGGAACCUCCUCAACGAGUGCACCGGCGACAGCGCGAGGACGCUCAUGUCGACGACGGCGGCGGCCACGCUGUCGCUAGCGGCGCUGCGCGUGCUGCGCAACAUCUGCGCGGCGCCCUUCGCCGUCGCCGUCGACUCGCCGCAGGACUAUUUCAAUGUGCCCACUAUGUUCCGAACGAGCAGCAGAGAGACAGCUCUGUACAUCCUGGACUGCGUGUUCUCGGUGACGGUGGUGGGCUCGCUGGUGGUGUUCGUGUGGCGAGGAUCCUGGGCGCUGCUGGACAUCUUCUUGUAUCCUAACGACGUCGUCAAGUCGUGCUGGACCUCCUUGAUCGUGGGCUAUGCGCUAGUAGUGCUAACGUUCGCGGUGCAAGCGCCCAUGCGGUGGGCGGUGGCGCGGCUGCAGGGGGCGCCGCGGCUGCUCAUAGCUGACGUCUACCAUCUCGUGUCCUUCUUCGCCACUGUCAACGUGUGGCGAGGGGUGUGGGGCUUGCUGGACGUGUAUUUCUUCCCAGACACCCCAAAACUGAGCAACUGGUGUUCGCACAUCGUGAGCCUCACCCUGCUCAUCCUCCUCAACUGCUCCAACUCGAUCCUGGUGCGGGGGGUCUACAUCGACGCCGAGGAACCCAACGGCGACUGCGUGGUCUUCCCCUGUCACUAUCUAAGGCUCUACUUCCACAAGGAGAAGGUCAAAAAGCGACUCAAACAAGCCGCAGACUCCACACGGACGGAGGAGGCCAGCGUGCCCUUACAGACCCCGGAAGACAAAGUCUAGCGAUGCGCGCUCGACUAAAGCAGCCUUUACACGUUGACCGUGUUUGCCGAACAAAAGGGGAUGGCGCUAUACCAGAAAG